AUGGCGCCAACGGGCGGUAUCGGUGGAGGAGGGGGAGGCGGGGGAGGCGGCAACAUCAAGGUCGUGGUUCGAGUGCGACCCUUCAAUAAUCGCGAGAUCGAGCGCAAUGCAAAAUGUAUCGUCCAGAUGCAGCAGGCACAGACCGUUCUGCAACCUCCACCAGACGCGGAAGACCGGCUUCGGAAGGGUGGAAAAGACGGUGCAAGUGCUCAGCGGACCUUCAAAUUCGACAAAUCGUACUGGUCGUUUAACAAGGCAGACCCGAACUAUGCUGGUCAAGACAAUGUGUUCAAUGACCUGGGAGUCCCGUUGCUCGACAACGCCUUUCAGGGUUACAACAACUGCAUCUUCGCGUAUGGCCAGACGGGCUCCGGAAAAUCCUACAGCAUGAUGGGCUAUGGUGAGGAGGCUGGUGUCAUCCCACGGAUUUGUCGGGACAUGUUCGAACGGAUUAAUGGGAUGCAAUCCGAUCCCCACCUCACCUGUACUGUCGAAGUCUCGUACCUUGAGAUCUAUAAUGAGCGGGUCCGCGACUUGCUCAACCCGAGCACCAAGGGCAACCUUCGGGUCAGAGAACAUCCCUCGACUGGUCCUUACGUCGAAGACCUCGCGAAAUUGGCUGUGCGCUCGUUCAGUGAGAUUGAAAACCUCAUGGACGAGGGCAAUAAGGCCAGGACAGUUGCAGCCACGAACAUGAAUGAAACGUCUAGUCGCUCUCAUGCCGUCUUCACCCUCACUCUCACACAGAAACGCCAUGAUGCCGAAACGAACAUGGACACGGAAAAGGUUGCAAAAAUCAGUUUGGUCGAUUUGGCCGGUUCAGAGCGCGCGACUUCAACAGGUGCGACCGGUGCGCGAUUGAAGGAAGGUGCAGAGAUCAACAGGUCGCUGUCGACUCUUGGUCGAGUCAUUGCAGCCCUAGCAGACCUGUCAUCUGGCAAAAAAGGCUUAAAAGUCCCGUAUCGAGACUCGGUUCUCACCUGGCUCCUGAAGGAUUCACUUGGAGGCAAUAGCAUGACAGCCAUGAUUGCUGCCAUCUCUCCGGCAGAUAUCAACUUCGAGGAAACGCUAAGCACGCUUCGAUAUGCUGACUCGGCCAAGAGGAUUAAGAAUCAUGCCGUCAUCAAUGAGGAUCCGAACGCGCGCAUGAUCCGCGAACUCAAAGAAGAGCUUGCCAAACUCAGGAGCCAGCUUGGAGGGACUGCCGCCGCAGGAGGGACGGAGGAGGUGUAUCCCGAAGGUACUCCACUUGAGAAACAAAUGGUUUCAAUUGUUCACACAGAUGGCUCGGUCAAACGGGUCAGCAAGGCAGAGAUCAUGGACCAAUUGAGCCAGAGUGAGAAGUUAUACACCGACCUCAACCAGACCUGGGAAGAAAAGCUGGCAAAGACAGAAGAAAUCCACAAAGAGCGGGAAGCAGCUCUAGAAGAGUUGGGCAUUAGCAUCGAAAAGGGCAAUGUGGGUAUGAGCACCCCGAAGAAGAUGCCUCACUUGGUCAACCUUAGCGAUGACCCAUUGCUGGCUGAGUGUCUGGUCUAUAACCUGAAGCCCGGUAUCACAACGGUGGGAAAUGUUGAUUCCUCCGAAGCUUCCGAAAUCAGGCUCAAUGGCUCCAAAAUUCUAGAGCACCAUUGCAAACUAGAGAAUGUCGACAACGUGGUCACGAUUAUCCCAGUCGAGGGAGCCGCCGUCAUGGUCAAUGGUGUCCGCGUCGACAAACCACGAAGGCUCAGGACCGGUAACCGAAUCAUCCUAGGAGAUUUUCACAUAUUCAGGUUUAACAACCCCCUGGAGGCAAAAGCUGAACGAGCCGAAAGAAGCCUGCUACGCCAUUCUAUUACCCCCAGCCAGCUUGGUUCACCGACACCAACACCGUUCCGCCCCGGACACGAACGGAGCUGGAGUGCUGCGGGUUCCGAAUGGGACGGUGACUCGAGUCGCGCCCAGUCACCCGGAUUAGGUAGCAACCGGGAAUCUGAUUGGUUUUUUGCACGACGAGAAGCCGCCGGGGCGCUCCUUGGUACCGACCCCAAAAUCACCCAACUCUCAAACGAGGAGUUGGACAGCCUCUUUGAGAACAUCCAACGAGCACGGGAAGAACGACGUGGCCGCUCCGACAACAAGCUUCUGGAACAAGAGGAUGACUCGGACGAUCUCAGCUCCUUCCUUGUCAGAGACAAGUACAUGUCAAAUGGGACUAUGGACAACUUUUCGCUUGAUACCGCGCUGACGUUGCCCGGGACUCCUUCUGCGCACAGCGGGUCUCAAGAAGAUGGUGAGCCGACCAUGACACCAAAUGAGUUUGAGAAUCAGCAGCAGGAGCAACAAAAGGCCGAAGAAGAAAGGAGAGAUGCCGACGAAGAGGCGGCUAAGGAAGCCGAGCAGGUAGACCAGGCUACGCAGAUGCAGCAAGAAUUAGAGCGAGCAAAGGUGGCGUUCCAAGAAGAGCUUCGGAAACAGAAAGAGGCAUACGAGGAGCAGAUCAAGAAGAUGGACCACGACGUUAGGAUUCGAGAGGCUUCAAGGACUCCUGCUGGAUUCUUACCCCUGGAAGCGUCCGAGAUAGCAAUCGCCCGAAACGUUGUCGAGAAAUGGCAACAGAGGAACUACAUCCUGAUAGCGGAGGCAGUUCUGCAAAAUGCCGGCCUUUUGAAGGAAGCUCAGGUCAUGAGCAAACUGCUGGAUCAAAACGCCAAUUUUCAAUUUGUGAUUCUGGACUCCGGUGAGGAACGUGGCUCUUCGUACGAUCUCAUCCUCCACGAUAUCUCUGGAGACGAUGACGAUGCUCUCGCCAGUGCUCGAAAGCCGUGUCUGGCUGUCCGAGUCAUCAAUCAUCAGCUCAGCUGCAUUCAUCUGUGGUCUUUGGGGAAGCUGAGAGAACGGGUGGCCAAAAUGCGCCAAAUGCACCAGUACAAGGAUCAGCCAGAAUAUUUGCAGCAUUUCAGAAUGGACAACCCAUUUCGCGAUUCUGAUCAGCCACUGUUUUCGCUGAUCGGUGAUGGCAGCAUUCCCCUUACCGCCGUCUUUGAGACAAGAGUCCAAGAUUUUGUGGUUGAGAUAUCCUCACCCUCGACGAGGCAGAUCAUCGGCAAGGUUCGGAUGUCCCUGGAACCCUCUUUAGCGGAAUCUCCGCCUUCCACUAUCAAGUUCAACAUUGUCAUGCGGGAUCUUGUGGGAUUUGCAGAGCAUGAAGGUACUCAAGUACAUGCUCAGAUGACGGUGUUGGGGACUGAAGACGGGAGUGUGGCAACAACCCAGCCCAUUCACGGCUUCGGUGACGGACCGGUAAGGUUCGAAAGCAUACACAACUUGAGCGUCCAGCGAUCCGGAGAGAAAUCGGCUGUAUUGAAAAUUUCGAUCUUUGCUCAAGUCAGCUCAACUCAUCUUGACAAAUUGAUCAGCUGGGACGAGCUCCGGGAAAUGAACGAGCAACCACGUGAUCAGCAGCCCGCUCCCCGGAUAUCCGAGGCCGAGUACAGUCUUGAAGAACGACACGACGUCUUUGCAAAGAUCCAGUUUCUUGAAUUGGCGGAAACCGGCCAAUAUAUGCCAGUGGAAUUGAUACAGAAUAACGCCAAUGAUAUUGGAGCAUUCCAACUACACCAGGGCCUGCAGCGUCGUAUCUCGGUCAACCUCACUCACGUACUGACCGAAGGCCUCCCGUGGGAUGAUCUUAAGAACCUACGGGUGGGGGAAGUGCACCUCAUCGAUGGGUCUGGACGCAUUGUCGACAUCGGUUCCAUCACACCAGACAUACCUCUGAAACAGAUUCAAGAACCGAUGAUCAAGGAUAAUGCCGACGGCACCUCAAACAUCACCAUCGUGGGACAGUGGGACAGCUCACUGCACAAAUCCCUGCUUCUGGACCGCGCUACGCAUGAAAACUCCCGAGUCCAAAUUUCUCUGCGGUGGGAUAUCAUCUCGAACCGCCUUGGCCAGGACCAUCCCAUGACUUUUGUCAUUGCCCAACAACUGCAGAUCCUUCCUCGCUCUUAUGUCCGUCCGCAGUCGAUGUUCAAAUCGUUCUGGAGCCAAACACGGAUUACCCAUUCCACAGACGGCCUGUUCUCGAUUGUGGUACGACCGGUCAGUGCCAAGCGGGCGGCUGAUCUGUGGCGUCUUGACACAUCGAAGAAUUAUAUCAAUGGCGAGGAACACCUCGGCAAUUGGCAGCCCAGAGGUAUUUCCCUGGUCAAGGACUACUUGAUUGCACGCCGGAAGAGGAGACAACUACAGGACAUCGAGUCCGCCAAAGCAACGCUAGGUCUGCGCAAGCUGAGCGUCAGCAGGGCUCAACGGUCUCGCGCGGCGUCACCCUCCACAAUGGAUCCGCACGAAGAAGAGCUCCUCCGCAAAUUUGUCACCCUCUGGCAGAAACCAAGUCCGGAGAUGAAGAAUCCCAUCUUCGACGACAACGACGCCAGUCACACUCAACCUUCUCCUCCGCAGCCAGCACCAAGCCCUUCCCACCCACCUUCGACACGCUACCAAGCGACCGUCAGCUACGUGCCUAAGAACCCCGUCUCUCUCAAGUCAGGCCAUCUUCUCAUGCCGUCCGAAACGUACGACCCCUCGGCCUCGCACGCGGCGACUAUGCAGUGGAAGCGCCGGUUCGUCGACCUCCGUCCUCCCUACCUGCACAUCCACUCGGUGCCCGAUGGCGAGGGCAUCAACGCGAUCAAUCUCACGCACGCGAGGAUCGAUCAUGAUCCUGACUUUAAGCGCCUUCUUGGCGGUGGGGGGUCGAGCAUAUCGAGUGGUGAAUCCUCGGAGCUCCGGACUCCAGGCCACAGACGGACGGGGAGUGAGAUCCAUGGCUUGGCGCACGUUUUCGCCGUCUACGGCGAGCAGAAUACGUUUCUGUUCGCCGCGAGAAGUGAGAGUCAGAAGGUGGAGUGGAUCUUGAAGAUUGAUCAGAGCUACUUUGCUGCGGACGGAGAGGGCGAAGAAGAACGCGUUGAUAUCUGA